GGUUUUAAACAACAAAUCUAACAAAAUAUAACUUUCUAUUCAGAAAAUAGGUAUUUGCCGGAAUAUGGCUGCUUAAAAUACUUGUUUUCGCGGGGGAUACUGUAGGGUGGUCACAGCCUUUUGUCCCAAGACUACUAGUAGUAGCACCAAACACUGACCCUUGCUUGGUUCUUGGUUCUUGGAUAAGCGCGUGCCAAAGCUCCAGAUUCCAUCCAACAACAGUAAAACCCGCCAACAAAGCGAUCUCCCGCCACGCAAAUAUAUCCAAGAAUACUGCUCAUGCUCGUAAGAGUCACCAGUGGAAUCUUCAUCAGAAACAUCAACACUGCUUAUUCCACGUCAACCAGAGGAGCAAUGGCCUCUUCAGCCGUACUGCCCCACAAUGAAAUCACAAAAGAGCAGUUCGCGUCUCAUCUAAGCCAAUACCCAGCCCUUCUUGAAGCUAUAUCAGAGUCCAAAGGCGCCAAGGACGGUCAAAAGACGCUCUCUGAGCUGGAUCACUUUCGCUAUGUGGAUGCCGUAGAGACCUUUGACCUGAAGAAUCCAAAACGAGAAAUGGAGCUUGAAGAUAUCAAGACGUUGGUAGAAUGGAAGCUACGACACGGCAAAUUCCGCCCCAAGCUCCUCUCCCUCGUCUCCUCCAACCCCCCCGCCACAGUCUCCCAAACCCUCGACUUCGCGCGCAACUUCUACACCAACUCAAACGACGCCAGAGGCACCGUCCGGACCCUCGCCAAGCUCAAGGGCAUCGGCCCCGCCACGGCCUCCCUCCUGCUCUCCGUGCACGAUGCCCAAAACGCCAUCUUCUUCUCCGACGAGGCCUUUUACUGGCUGUGCUGUGGCGGCAAAAAGGCAAGCAUCAAGUAUAACAUCGACGAGUAUGCGGCCCUGAAUGAUGAGGCGCAGGCUUUGGUCAAGAGGCUUGAUGUGUCUGCCACGGACAUUGAAAAAGUGGCGUAUGUUUUGAUGAAAGGGCAGGGCUUGGCCAAAGAUGCAAAGCCAGAUACUAAUAAGGCCAAUGCGCCUGCCAAAGCAUCAAAUCCGGCCGCUUCAGAGCCUAAAAAGCGAAAAACAACUUCAAAUAAUGAAAGUGUGAAAACGGAGACAAAGGCAGAGGAAAAGGCGCUGACCGAGGAAAAUCCAUCUGUGAGACGGUCGAAGAGGCUCAGAAAAUGA